AUGCUCUUGUCUAAACCAGAAGCAGUCUUAGUUGUUGCUCUUGUCAUACAUAUGAUUGGAGCUGUCUAUGGUUCCAGUGCUGCUUCAGACCAACUUGCAUUACUAGAAAUCAAAUCAAAGAUUACACUUGACCCUCAAGGUGCUUUGACAUCUUGGAAUGAUUCCCUUCCUUUUUGCCAGUGGAGAGGAGUGACAUGCGGCCGCCGCCACCAAAGAGUCACAAUGUUGGAUCUACGAGACUCAGGUUUAGUAGGUUCUUUAUCUCCUUAUAUUGGUAACAUGAGCUUCCUUGGGUACAUUUUUCUUUACAACAACACACUUCAUGGAAGUAUCCCACCCGAGAUAAGCCAUCUAUAUCGAUUACAGGUAUUAUCCCUUUCCAACAAUUCAUUCACGGGGGAAAUCCCGGCCAACAUGUCAAGCUGGCCAAAACUUACGUUCCUUAGCUUACGAUUUAAUAAGCUAUCCGGUAAAAUUCCAAAUACUUUCACGUCUCUAAUGAUGAUAACUUCAUUAUCCUUGGCUGGAAAUGACCUCACCGGUGGAAUUCCACCAUCCCUAAGCAACCUCACAUAUCUUCAAAUACUCGGUCUUUCCUUUUGCCCGCUAGGAGGGACCAUUCCUGAUUCUUUCAAUCAAUUAAAAAAUUUGCGAAUGAAAGGCCUGGGAGAAAAUGGCCUCGUUGGUGCAUUCCCUUCGUUUUUCUUUAACCUUUCGAUGAUGGAAAUUAUAAGUUUUCUAGAAAAUCAACUUCAAGGCAGCCUACCCUCCAACUUAUGUUUGAGUCAACCCCAUCUCACGCGGAUAGAAUUUGCAAUCAAUCACUUCGAUGGCUUCCUUCCACCAUCAAUAUCAAAUUGUUCAGAGCUAGAAAUCCUUGAUGUUUAUCAAAAUGAUUUAAAGGGGGGAAUAGCUAUUGAUUUUGGAAGACUACAACAUCUUAGUUUUCUAUCUCUUGGUUUCAACAGUUUUGGAAGCAACGAUCUGGAUGACAUGAAUUUUUUUCAUUCUUUGUCCAACUUCAGUAAUUUGGAAACAAUAGAACUUUUGAGUAACCAAUUAGGAGGGGUGCUACCAAAUUCAAUUGGGAACUUCUCAUCCAAACUAUCGUACUUAAAGAUGCAAUCAAACUAUAUCUCAGGCAUCAUCCCUUCAUCUAUAGGCAAUUUGUUAGGCCUAACCACAGUUUCUCUAAGUGUAAACAGCUUCACAGGCAUGAUUCCUGAAAGCAUUGGCGAGCUUCAAAACUUGCAAAUACUGUCUCUUUAUGACAACCAUUUCUCUGGGGUUAUUCCAAGAUCUAUAGGAAACUUGUCACUUCUAACUAAAGUAGUAUUAGGUGGAAACAAGUUGGAAGGCACUAUACCCUCGACCAUUGAGAGUUGGAAAAAAGUUAUAGCUUUGGAUCUUCAUGGAAAUAAACUAAGCGGGAGUGUACCCAAAGAACUAUUCCAACUGUCUUCACUUUCCAUAGGGAUAGAUCUGAGUCAAAACAAUUUGUCCGGAGUGCUUCCACAAGAGAUUAGUAAUCUCAAACUCUUAGGAAUACUUGAUUUUUCUAUGAAUCAUUUCACAGGUGAACUUCCAAGUAGUUUAAGCAGCUGCACCAGUCUCCAAAGCUUAAACCUUUCUGGCAAUCUUUUCUAUGGAUCAAUGCCGGAAUCAUUUAGUUCAUUAAAAGGCCUCGAAUAUGUUAAUGUGUCACACAAUAACUUUUCUGGACACAUUCCAAGAUAUUUGCAACAAAUUCCCUUGAAGCAUUUGGAUCUUUCGUAUAAUAACUUUGAGGGGGAGGUACCUGUCAAAGGUGUUUUCACCAACACAAGUGCAAUAUCUAUCAUUGGGAACACCAAACUAUGCGGGGGAAUACCUGACCUUCACCUACCCAAAUGCACAGGCAAAACUAGUGACUCCAAAAGACGAACUCAAAAGCUUUCUGUGCGUGUUGUUGUCGCAAUUUCACUAUCUUCCACCGUUGCAGGUUUAGCUCUCUUGUCCUUUGUCUUGUUUUACUGUUGUAUAAAAAAGAAGAGAGAUAAACCAUCAGAAUCAAGACUGGCUGAAUCUUUUGAGAAGAUAUCAUAUGGAAGAAUUUUCAAAGCGACGGAAGGGUUCUCAGCAAAAAAUAUGAUCGGUACAGGUAGCUUUUCUUCGGUUUACAAAGGAGUUCUUGAUGAAAAUGGCUUCAUUGUGGCAAUCGAAGUACUAAACCUUCAACACCGAGGAGGUUUUAAGAGUUUUAUGGCAGAGUGUGAGGCCCUGAGAAACAUUCGUCAUCGCAACCUGGUGAAGAUCAUAACAUCUUGCUCAAGCAUCGAUUUCCAUGGCAAUCCUUUCAAAGCUUUGGUCUACGAUUUCAUGCCAAAUGGGAGUCUCGAGAGUUGGUUGUAUUCACAAGACCACAAGCUCGAUCUUGCUAAAAGAAUCAAUAUCAUCAAAGACAUGGCAUGUGCUCUUGAUUAUCUACAUUGUCAUUGUGGAAAUGUUAUUGUUCAUAGUGACUUGAAGCCAAGCAAUAUUUUAUUGGAUGCUGAUAUGGUUGCUCAUGUUGGAGAUUUUGGUCUUGCGAAAAUACUUUCCGUUGAAGAAGGUCCUAAUGCAAAUGCUAGUAGCUCAAGUAUCAUCAGAGGAACCUUCGGGUAUGCACCACCAGAAUAUGGGCUUGGAAAUGAAGUCUCAACCAGUGGGGACAUAUAUAGCUAUGGGAUUCUAUUGUUAGAGAUGUUGACAGGGAAAAAACCUAUUGAUCCAAUGUUUGAAGGAGGACUAAGCUUGCAUUCCUAUGCUAGGAGUGCCUUGGCUGAUGGUUGUGUGCUUCAGAUUGUGGAUCCAUUGCUUCUAAGCGAGGAUGUCAAAGAAAAUAGUUUGAUUUCACUAGUAAAACUCGGUGUGCAAUGCUCUUACGAGUCUCCACAAGAUCGGAUGGAUAUUGGGACUGUUAUUCACGAGCUUUUCGGGACAACAUUUGCAAGUAGAUCUUGCGAUGCAAGUGGUGCGGCCUGAAAUGCUAGCUAGUUUUUGGUUUAAUAAUAUUCUAUUAAAUUGAUGUUUGGGGUGUGUGUAUAUAGAUUUGU